CUAAGAUUGAAAACCAAAAGAUAGUGAGGUUGAAGAGACAGAUGUUGGAGGCUCGAAGUCUUAAGAAAGUAGAGGUGCCAUCAACACUGAUAGAGUAUCCAUCUCCUGCCAAUCUCCACUCCAAUCGUCUCGCCCUCCAUGUUAGUGAGGAUGGAACUUCUUGCUGGGUGUAUGUUGCUUCCGGUUGCCAAAUUUAUAGAAUUCUGGUCUCUUUGAAAGAUUCUUUAGUCAAUGAAGGAAAGGAUAGCCUCCUUAUACCUGAACACACUCAGGUUGUGGACUCUGCCAUAGUGAAUCGCUGCCCUCAUCGGUCGGAAAUUCAGACAGUAGUAUUGAAUGAAACUGAGAGCAAUGACCGUUUAAUAUUGGGAAGUGUCGACUCCUAUGGGCAUCUUAUAGUUUCCAGGUUGGAUAGUGACAGUAAAGAUGUUGAAAGGCUUACAUUUUCUGUAUCACCUCGAGAUUUUGGAGUUGGAGAAGGUGGAUGGGCGGGGCUUUGCUUCAGUCCAUCUCAAUGGUCGACGACUGCUGUGGCACAUAGCUUUGGCAAGAGUAUUGAUGUAUAUGACCAAGAUCUUCAUCUUCGCACUUUUCGUACAUUGUGGUACCCUACUGCUGUAAACUUUAUACAGAAUUUAUAUGGUGGAAAUGAAAGUUCAAUGUUGGCUGUUACAGAAGGCUGCCAGCUGUCAAUAUGGGACUUGAGAAUAAAAGAAAAUGGUGGUUGUGUGCACCGAAUUUGUGGUUCCGUUGGAGAUAUCUGGUAUGCAGUUAGCAGCUCCUCAAAUGGUUAUAUUGCAGUUGGAGGAGCUGAUCGUACUAUGACCGUGUAUGAUCCUCGCAGAUGGUCAGCCAUAUCAAGAUGGGUCAACUGCUCAAAAUAUGAGAUAACUGGGAUAUCUUUCUCUUCUAUUGACCCUAAUUAUGCCUACAUUCAAGGAGUUGAUUAUGAGGUAUUUUGCGGACAAUGGAAAGAAAGCAAGAAAGCAUUUUCGUUCAGAGGAGAUUCAAAUUGGCUGGGGUUUAGUAAGUGUGCGAAUAGGGAUGUGUUGGGCGGAUGGUGUGAUUCCGGCAGCAUUUUUGUAGCGGACGUAGUUGAGGGGAAAGACAGAUGAAGUUUGUUGGUAAUUUUAGUGUCAUCAAACAUUUUAGUGCAGUUUGAUUUACAUAAAAUCGAUGGAGUUUAUUGGUUAAGUUAUAAUAUGAGUUGGGAGGUCUGGACCUAAGCUAUUGGGUAAGGAGUUGUUGCGCCCCCUUAUUCACUUCAGAUUGUGGGACUUGAAUUCAAAAGGCAAGUUGCUUUUUGGAUUUUGGUGCGUAGCUGUUGUUGAUCUUAUCUGUUGGUAGUUUAUUUGAUAAUUAUUUUCAUAUACAAAUAACUACCUAACCACCCCAAAUUAACCCGAUAGUAGCCAUCUAUUGUAGGGGUUUUUUGAUUUUAUUUUGAUAUAAUAAAAACAUGUGU